CACGUAGAGGAAACGUCACGACGAGAGAUCAGCACCUUGGACAGCGGCGCCCGUCAAAAUUCAGCAUACUUGGACUCUCCCACGGGAGAAUGGAGCAGGAGCGCGCACGGGAGCGAGACGUUUGUAAAUGAAUCAUUUUGAUUGGGCGAGAGCGCGCCUUGGAAACAAGGGCCGUGUGUUGAUGCGCACGGCAGAACGUCCAUUUCGAGGAUGAAUCAGAGGGGAGCAGCAUCAGCAUCCCCAUCACUUUACGAUCCACAGCAUCAGCCGCUCCGACUGACUAUCACACCCUGCGAAGAAGGAAAAUAGGCGAACCUGCGCACGGUGCCUUUUAUUUUUCCGUUCUGGAAGACCCAUCUUCCUUUGAACGUGGCGAGGAACCAUAUCGGCCGGGAGGGGGAUGGUGAUGAACUUCAAAUGGAGCCAAGAUGCUGGCAAUUUCCCCCAGCUCUUCAGCCAAUACUGCCAUUAUUAUUGCUGUUUUUAAAACACCAACCUAAUGGAUUGUUCUGAGCUCUGCGUUGGGGAUGGGAGGUGGCGUUGGAAUAUGUCGAUUGGAAGAUGCACAAGGAAAUGAUGUGAAAGCUUCGUCAUGAUGCCUCUGAUGAACAAUAAACAAAACUAUAGGAUUGCACCCGAAUCCAACUUCCAGCUCUUUUGGAUUAUGUUUUUAUGCUGAAGGAUCCCCCGACGAUGACUGUAUGUGGCAGCGAUGCUCUGAAAUGCCAUUUUGCAUCUUCCUUGUCUCUCAUCCGUGCGUCCAGGCUUUGGGUUGCUGGGAGUUUAUGAAAAUUACAUCUAUUUAGACCUGGAACAAUGCAUUGCUGGCUAUUUAUUGCAAUACCAUAUGCUUAUUAUUGUCAUCCUCGCGCCCUAUCAUGAUUGUAUCAGAGGAACAACAUCGGCCCUAACAGGCACAUACAUGCCAUCAGAAGGAAAAUAACAAGCCCAGAGAUUUUUCUGACCAAUUACGUUUGGUUUGGACACUUUCCUCUGAGACUUUAGGGUAGCAACUCCGUUUCUGCCGAAUAAAAUAUUAAUAAUAGGCCUGACGGGAUCAAUAACAACAACAACAAUAAUACUAAUAAAAACAACAACAUUAAUAAUGCAUAAAAAUAAUAAUAUUAUAUAAAAUAACAACAAUAAUAACUAUCAAAUAUAAUAAUAAUAGUCAUAUAUAUAUAUAAAUAAAUAAAAAUAAAAUACCGAAAAAAAUAAUCACCCCUUUCGUAAACCAUCAAAAAAUUUCACUUCAGCCAUACGACAUACACAUGUAGUCAAACAUGUUCAAGAACCGGAUCCGCAUGUUUUUUAACGAACUUAAGGUGCUGGUUUUCAUGCGAUCCGGUUCUGGACGCUCCGACAGUGACGCAGAGCCGAGCAGACGACCCAGUAGCAGCAUGAGGGGGCUCGGGAUGGGCGGCUGCGGAUGGCCGCCCUUCGUUGACUGCUCCAGCCGCGACGACGAGGAAGAAUACUACGGGAGUGACCCCAGGCCCAGGAGUCUGGCUUUCGAGGAGAAAGACCCGAAACUGCAGGCGGGCCUGGACGCGGUCAGCCUCUCCAGCAGCACGGGCAGCGGCAUGAGAACACCUCAGUGUCGAAUCUGCUUCCAAGGGCCCGAGCAGGGGGAGCUGUUGAGCCCAUGCCGCUGCGACGGCUCCGUACGCUGCACCCACCAGCCCUGUCUGAUUCGCUGGAUCAGCGAGAGAGGCUCCUGGAGCUGUGAGCUCUGCUACUUCAAGUACCAAGUCCUAGCCAUCAGCACCAAGAACCCUCUGCAGUGGCAGGCGAUUUCUCUGACGGUGAUUGAGAAGGUGCAGAUCGCUGCCAUUAUCCUGGGCUCACUCUUCCUCAUCGCCAGUAUCUCAUGGCUGGUGUGGUCUUCUCUCAGCCCGUCUGCCAAGUGGCAGCGCCAGGACCUGCUCUUCCAGAUCUGCUAUGGCAUGUACGGCUUCAUGGACAUUGUGUGCAUAGGCCUUAUAAUCCACGAGGGCUCAUCCGUGUAUAGAAUCUUCAAGCGAUGGCAGGCUGUAAACCAGCAGUGGAAAGUAUUGAACUAUGAGAAGUCGAAGGACUUGGGAGACCCGGUGAGCUCCAGCAGUAAGGCAGGCAGCCGCGGUGCACGCAACAACCCACACGGCCUGGCCAGCGGCAGCAGGGGGAGGCAGCGAGUGCGCAGGUUAAGGACUAUCCUCAACCACCACUGCGGCUACACCAUCCUCCACAUCCUCAGCCAGCUGCGGUCCAGCGACACGCGGCUCGGAACCGCCACCAACCGCGAGGUGGUGAUGCGGGUCACGACCGUAUGAGGUCAGAGAGAGAAACAAAGACAAAUUUCAGGCUCCAAAAGACAGUGUUACGAUGCCAGGAUGUUUGUGAUUUUCCUUGCGUAACAGACAGGAAUGCACACGAACAAUGCGUAGGACAUUGGCGACAUUCAUUCCUGGAGUUUCUAUUGGCGAGACUCUCUCAUGAUCUAGCACACUAUUGCAUUUUUAAGUUCGAUUUCCUCGCUGGUGUUGUUUUUUUAUCGAUACGGUUUUUAAAACGUUUUGAUUUUCUAAGGGAGAAUGGUACAUGAAGUGACAUCGACGUGUGAUGUAUAUGAUAACCCAUAAUAGGGACCUAUUGUUGUAAAUGAUGUUUACGGAUGCUUCUGACGCAACAAGAAAGCCAACCAUAACCAAACGAUCACAAUAACCAGGGAAACGAGAUACGAAUUGUUACAUGCUAAAAUAUAAAAGGGGAGGGUGCAAUAAGAAAUAAUAAGAUUAUACAGAGAAUAAAAAGACGUGAACAUUUAAAAGAAUUUGAUCUUCUCUGCAAUAAAGAUACCUGUAUAUUUUACAGUGACCUUUGCAUGAGGGUAGAGUUUUAUGCCUCCUCGACACAUGGACAUGAUGAAUUUGUUUUAUUCAGAAUGGUGCUCGUUUGAAUAAACACUACUGUUCAUCUGC